CUCAACACCAGCCAACGCCAGCCAACGCUCGUCAACGUCACGGCCGAAUUGUGAGCUUUUUGACACUGGGCUGCACAUGUCGAAAUCCUCACGUUCUAUUCCGUCUUUGUGAUCUUUGCCCAAGAUGGAGGACGCCGAGGUCAACAACGACACUGUGCAUCCCGAGGUCCGGGCACACAUCACCAGCCUGGUAUCUGCACUCGGUGGUCACGGUGUCGACGACGAUGACGGUUACAAUCUCGGAGACGACGCCCUCGAGGUGCUCCGCGAUCUCAAGAGAUGGAUCCGCUUCUACGACGAAAAGACGAAUCGAAUGGACGUCGCAAGAUGCUUGGCCGAGUCGAAUCUCGUCAGCUCCGACCUCCUGCAAAUUCUGGCCACAUGGUCGCCAAACGAAGGCAGCAGCAAGUACAAGGAGCGGAUUGCCCUGGGCUGUUUCGAGGUCAUGGUGCCGCUCACUUGGCCCAUCGAGAGGGACACCGAGACCAUGACGGUCAACCACCAUCGCCACUUGCCCGUCCUACAACUCGCCCAGCUGGCCUACAAACGGGCCAUCAUAAACUUCGACGCCGCGCCCAUCCUCAGCACCGCCGUCAGGCUGGCCCUGCCAUCCAUGGCCAUCCCAAACGGCGAUCGGUCGUCUCGCGACCAGGGUGUUAUCAAGCUCGUCUUAUACUUCCUGAGGAAUAUUGCCAUGAUCACUCCUCCCCCGGGCGUCAAGUACGAGGGAGAUGAAACACAAGUCUCUCGAUCGACCGUCAUAGACGCCUUCACCUUCCAGGAUAUUUUUCUAGUCAUCCUCACCAUCGCUUCCAAUAUGGGUGAGGACUUCCGGACCGAGGACGUUAUCGUCUUGGAGAUCAUCUUUCACCUCGUCAAACGGGUCGACUCGAGCAAGCUCUUCGUGAGCGAGAAGCGGCUGCACAAAAUGAAGGAGGACGAGCUGACCGCCGCCAUGAGGAAGGAGGCGGCCAUGUUGAAAUCGUACAGCAAAAACGCGCCGACUCGACAUAGCCGUUUUGGGACCAUGAUCUGGGUUAAGCGAGAGAGCGGCAAGCUAUCAACCGUCUCGGGCCAGGACGCUUUGCUGGAUGCUGCAACUCGUGAGAGGAAGAUGGACAGCAGCAAGAGCUUCAAGCCACCGAGGCGCGCUAGGAAAGAGGACAUGGAACCCAAGGACUUGGGUCCCCGAGUAUCUCUCGACGAGAGAGCCCGCCAGCAACUUCAGUCAUUUGUGUCCGAGUUCCUCGACUCCGGCUUUAACCCCUUAUUUUCGCACGUGAGGAAAUCACUCGACCGCGAGGCGCCACACGUGCUGCAAUCCCACCAUGGCCAGUUCUUUUACUUAGUUGCAUGGUUCUUGGAAGCGGAACGGAUGCGCAAAAAAGCGGCAAGGGACUCGAAGAAGCAAUCCUCGGCGGGAGACGACGUGGGGAGCUUUAACCUCGUUGCCGAGGUGCUCAACCAGAAAAUGUUCAUCACCAUGAGUCGUACCUUGGAUCGCGCCUAUGGUGACAAAGAUUGGCGGUUAUUAACCACGGUCAUGCGCUGCCUUACCCAGAUUCUUUUGACCGUUCAGGAAAUGGCCAGCUCGGGCAACGAAGAGAACGAGGAGAUUGCUGACAACAUCCUCAGCCGUCUGUUUUAUGAGGAGACAACACAUGACUUGAUUGCGAAUAUUGUUCGCACAUACAAAGAUCAGGGGUUCGAAUACCUUGAUGCCUGUACCGAGCUCACACAUACCUUCGUCCGCAUCCUCGAGGCAUACUCGAAGGAGAACGUCGACCUACAAGUCCGUUCCCGCAAGAGGACACGGCGGAAGAAGAAAGCGGUCAGGGCUGCGGGGGAACAGGGGGACGACGAAGGCCAAGGCGAUGCCGAAGACGACUCGGCAGACGAUGAGCGGCAGGCUGAGAAGACGAGCCAAGAAAGGAAAUUCGACUUUAAGCGGUUUGCCAUGAGGUUCGUGCCCCAGGGCGUGGUCGACACAUUCGUCACCUUCACCAAAUACUACCGGGAUCUUGACGACUCCCAGCUGAAGCGAGCUCACCGGUACUUCUUCAAGCUUGCCUUCAAGCAAGAUAUGGGCGUCAUGCUGUUCCGCCUGGACAUCAUCCACCUGUUUUACAACAUGAUCAAAGGUCCAGAGCCGCUCGAUAAGAGCUCUUCCAUGUACAAGGAGUGGGAAGAUCUCGCGAUGCAAACCAUACGGAAAUGUAUCAAAAAGCUUGAGGAGCGGCCAGCACUGUUUACGGAGCUGCUGUUCUCCAAAAUCAACAGCACGGCUCACUACCUCGAAUACGGCCACGAGAAGCAGACUAUCUCUAACCCCAAGCCAGCCGCCGAGCUCGAGUUUAAACGCGAGGUGGAGCGGGAGCAACAGAUUGCUAUUGUUGUCGGCGUUCUGAUUGAUAGGAACCAGACUGAUCACCUGGAAUGGAUGAAGAAGCAGCUCUCCGAAGCAGAGAGCGAGCGGCGAGCCUGGGAAAACGCCGAGAAGGCCCUGGCAGCCGAAAGGGCAGACGGCGAAGCAGCAGACGAGUCUGCUGAGCCAGCCACCGCAAAGACAGCUGCUCACGCCACCGUGCGGCCAGAUAACGACGCCCGCCGCACAGCCAUGUUCAAGAACCCGCACCUGCGUCUCCUCAUGAAGCUAGUCGGCCUGGAGCGCCUCACCCCGACGCUCGACGAAACCCCCGACGCAAUCUGGGUCAUACCGGGCACCGUCACCGCCGACGCCCUCAAGGAAACCCUCUCCCUCAUCAACAAAGCCGAGUUCACCCCACCCACCUUCGACGACGGCGAACUCGCCGAGGACCAACUCCGCCGCAAGACCGCCCCGCGCAAACGCGUCGCCUACGACGACGACGACAACCAGGACGGCAUCAACGACCUCAUCAACGACGGCUCCGACGACGACGGCACGGGCAUGCUCUUCCCCGCGGGCGGGCCCACCGCACGCAAGCGCACCGCGCUCGACGAGCCGCCCAAAAAGCGCCGCCAACGCCGCCGGCGCGCGGGCAGCUCCGACCCGGACACAGCCGAAACGGACGCCCAACUCGAGGCCAAAGCGCGCGCGCGCCGCAAGAAGGAGCUCGAGAAGGCGCGCAAGAUCAAGAGCGACGUGUACGUGGACCCGCGCGAGGACGAUUCCGACUGGGAGGGGAAUAAAGAAAGGGAUCGCGCCUUCUUUGCGCGCGAGACGGAGCGCCAGGCUGCGAAGGAUGCUACGUUUGGGCUGAGCAGCAGGCCCUCUGGUGUCGAGGCGUCGGCGUGGGAGGCGUUGUUGAGUGCGGCGGUGGGGGAGGAGGAGGAGGAUGCUGCGAUGGUUGUGGAGGGGGCGAAGGAGAGGGGGAAGGGGAGGAAGAGGAAGUCGGGUGCUGCUGCGCUUGGGGGGGAUGAGGAGAGUGAGGAUGGGGAUGGUACGGCUUCUGAGGAUGGCAGUGAAGAGUCGGAGGCGGAGGCGCCCGCGAGCAGGCCGAAUAAGAGGAGGAAGCCGGUGCAGAAAAACAAGGUGGUUGAUAUCAGCAGCGGUGAGGAUGAGGACAUGGAUAUGGACGUAGAUAUGGACGCGAACGCGGACGCAGACGCGGAUGCUAUGGACUUCACGCAGGCUAGCAAGGACGGCGCAGUUACAGACGACACGCCUCUGUCGUCUAACCCUAAGAAGUCUGCGGACAAGGGGGAUGGGGAGGAUGAGGAUGAUGAUGUACCAGUGGCAAAGCCCGCUGCCAGGUCUCGGCCGAGAGCCAGGGCGGGGUUCAUUGUGGAGAGUAGCGACGAGGAGUAACCGGCAGUUAUGUAUUGCAUGAUGGGGAGGUGGGAUGGAUAAAUGGCAUUGUAUUGGCACGGUUUCAGGUUGUGGAUAUAGCAUGGCGUUUGGCAGUCAUGGGGGUCUGUACACAUUGCAUUGAGUAUCAAAAGACAUUGGGUUGGAAUCAGAGUUAGGGGAAUACCGGGUGCAAUUCAUGCUAUGAACAUGUGCGAGAACUCUGCUUGGGGUUGUCCCCUGUUACACGUUUACCACAAGUAUUAUUAACCUCGAGACGGACUAACUACUCACUGGUAUUAGACGCACCGAAA